UGUUUUUGCACAGUUGUUUGCGCUUACAGCGAGCGAAAAAAUGAAUGACAGAUAAGAUCAGUUGAUCACGUGACUCGCAUCAUAUGACCAGCACACGUGAAAGUCCUUUCAUCGAAGAAGACGGAUAUAAACGGGACAGUAACUUGUUUUAUUUUAUUGUAUCAGACGUAUGUCUUAUGGCAACAUCGUCCGUGAAUUUCAUCCUUAUAUACCUAGGAGUAUGUUUGUCCCAAUGCCAAGACCUCCGACAUUCUUCGGAUGACGAUCUCUUGUUACCCUACUCCAAAUCCCACGGCCCAUCUCAUUCCCACCGUCAUGUGAGGGACUGUCAGCCCGUCGCUCAUGGCAAUGUGACCCAUGAAACCUGGGCAGCAAGCAAACACUCGAACUCUCCAGUGUUCGAGUCAAAUAUAUUCAUCUCCGACAUCACAGAUGACUCUGGUGUUCACAGAUGGGCGAGCGGCCACGUCACAGAGGUUCAUGACCCAUUGAGAUCCGUGUCCGUUCUGGAACCAAGAGGCCCUGCAGGGUGCAAGUGGAGUCACAGAGAACUGGUGGAGCUCACUGCCAAAACUAGAAAGUGCCUCGUCGCCCAGAAUGGAGGCUUCUUUGACAUCGCAGACGGGCAGUGUUUGGGGAAUGUCAUAAGUGAUGGGAAACUGGUGAGGAACAGUGGAGGAAUUCAAAAUGCUCAGUUUGGCAUCCGAAAGGAUGGGACGCUAGUGUUUGGAAUGAACCUCUGGCAAGUGGCAAAGUUUUUGAAGGAACAGAAUGUCAUUAACGCCAUCAAUCUGGAUGGAGGCGGCUCGGCCACUUAUAUCCUCAACGGAUCCCUGGCCAAUUACCCUUCAGACCACUGCAAAACUCCAAAGUGGCGCUGCCCACGGGCGGUUUCCACUGUGUUGUGUGUUCAUGAGAGGCUGUGCCAGCCGGAGGACUGCAGUGGACAUGGGCGCUGCGUGGAGGGCCAGUGCGUGUGCCAGCAGGGCUGGAGCGGCCCAGGAUGUGCCAAUCUCAUAUGCCAGACUGAAUGUGGAGAGCAUGGAAUCUGCACUGAGAAUGGAUGUGUGUGCGAUGCUGGAUGGAUGGGUUUAAACUGUAGCCAAGUAUGUGCAGCAGGUUUCUAUGGCGAUGACUGCAAUCAAACAUGUGCAUGCACAAACGGAGGAUCAUGUGAUUCUGUUCACGGACAGUGCACCUGUCCUGCUGGUUUCCAUGGAGGUUUCUGCGAGAGAGAAUGCCCUCUUGGAUUCUACGGGCUGAACUGCAAGCAGCCGUGCCAAUGCCACGACAUGUGCCCAUGUGAAUCUGUCACAGGAAGCUGCAACACCACAUACCAAGGAGAGAGAAACAUCAGCCUGCACAGAGCUGGUCACUGCCUGGCUACCCAGAUGUGGAGGGAAUGGAGACAAGAGGAGGAAGCUCAUGCUCCAAAACCCUAUUUAUCUGAACAAAGCUGGCUGGUUGUCUGCGCUAUCCUGGCAACGUCGCUGCUGGCCAGCCUCGCCGGUAACCUUAUCCAGACGUGCGGAAAAUGCAAAGUGUGCGGGCAGAGGGCGGACUACUCCUACUUGCCACUGGGAGAGAUCAACGGGUCCGUGGAGCGAAGCAGAGGACAGGGGAUGAAGUCUGGGAAAGUUCUUUUUCAGCAAGAAGACUCUGACUCGCAAGACUCCUCAUAACCGUGUUUCAAAAUGUAUGCGUUUGUGCAGGGUUAUGCAAGUGUGCCAUCCAGCAGAGAGCGAGCGAGCUAGCUAGCCAGAACAAGCCCUCAUUAGUCUAAGAACAAGGAAAGGGUUUGUUUGUUCCUGCUGUGAAUCGAUGAGCUUUUGGAAGGGCCUCUUCGUCUUUGGAUUGGGGCGCCCAAAUUGGCGAUGAUGGACAAUGAGAUGGGCGUUAGCAUCCAAACAGCUGUCUGCGUGGCUCAGUGCGGUCACAUUCGCCCCUGCUGAGUCUGUAGACGCCAGUUCAACACAUGCCAAGUGCCCUGAUUGUGCAGUUUGACUGCAUUUUGCACAUUGUCUUGUUUGGGUUUUCAGUACACUUUCAUAGUAGCUGCUAGCAAUGUAAGAACCAGUUUCUCAAGUGACAUCAUUCAUAGUUUAAAAUACUAUUUCAUUGACCUCAGUGAAGACUUUUAUUUUGGUCUUCAGAUGAGAAGAGAAGCAAUAUCACCACAAAGCCUUUUUAUUGACAGAAUGGCCCAGUUGUUCCACCUGUUGCCAUAGGAACAGACGAGUUUUGAACUAUGAACUCUUUUUGAGGAAUCCUUCCUGCAGGAACUUGCCAAACUGCUAUUUUGAAACCGUGUUAUUGAAUGAUUUUUCUUACUCCUGUGGCUCUAGAGGUCAUUCAGUUUAUUUUGAUUCCAGCCCUCAGCCCUUUUGUUUCUGUAAACGCCUUGCCAACUC